GUUCCUGGGGUAGAAGGAGAUCAGGCUGAAAGUUACAGGAGUGACUUCCCAGGAUGAUGGUUAUCGUCCUCGAAGCGCUGACUGGAGCGCUAGUUCUCCGAGAGUGUGUAACGCACAGCAAAACGGCCCUCUUAGUGUGAUACAGAUAAAAUGCCCACAUGAAUUUAUGAGAAAUGUCUCGGUCGGUGAGUAACUAUUGUGGCAAUCGGGCCACAGGACAUUCUUGGGAUCUACAGUCGCGUGCAAGUGGGUGAAAAAUACUCAAAGAAUAUAGGAGCUGGGCAGUUUUGCAGCAAGGGUUGGGAUGAGGGAAGACAUUACUAGAAAACAGAACAUCUCCUAAGCUAUCAGCAAAGCCUACUGGGGAGAGGGGGAAAGACGUAUCUGCUGCGCCUCGAAGGACCCGGGAAGUUCUGGUCCCGGCCGCAAGCCUUUGUGGGAAAUGUAGUUUAGCGGCCUGGGCGCCAUUGUUCUUACAACACAAGUAGAGGCUCGCCUUUGAUAUUGCUCGCCCGAGAAAUAUUGUUCACAAGAAGACACCGUGUACUCCCGACGCAUUGCGUGUGUGUCCUUGUCGAUCCGCCGUGGCGAGACUACAGCUCCAGGAGGAGCCUGGAAAGAGAACUGUGUUGACUAUUGCAAAUUGUGAAGUGAUGUGUCAGGUCUCAUUUAGUGAUGUGGCUAUCGACUUCUCUCAUGAAGAGUGGGGAUGGCUAGAUUCUGCUCAGAGGGAUUUAUACAAGGAUGUGAUGGUCCAGAAUUAUAACAACCUAGCCUCUCUAGGUCUUUCCAUAAUUAAGCCACAUGUGAUCUCUUUAUUGGAGGAUGGAAAAGAACCCUGGAUGGUGGAGAAAAAAACAUUAAAAGGUAUGUUUCUAGAUUGGGACUCAAAAUGGGACAACAAGGAAGUAUCAACAAAGGAUAUUUAUGAUGAAGAUUCAUCUCAAGAUGUAAUAAUAGAAAAAAAUUUAAAACAAGAUUGUGAAUUUUCAAAUUUUAACAAGGACUGGGGCUAUCUAGAGAAGAUGGAGGGGAAACGUGGACAUCAGAUAGAACUUUUCAGACCAGUGACCUUCACCUUUAGAGAAAGUCCAGCUGGGCAAAGUGUUUACAAUACAUUUAAAAGCAUCUUCCAUUUAAAUGCUACUCUUUCUGAACCACAGAUAAUUUCUGCUGAAGAGAAAUCACAUAAACAUCAUAGGUUAAAGAAAAGUGUACACAAAAAGUCAGUUGUAAAAAAUGAGAAAAGCAAUGGCAGAAAUAAAGUUUUGGAUUCUAAUGAAAGCGUGACAACUUUUAGCCAGAGCAAAUCUCUUACUCUUCAGCAGACUUACAGUAGAGAGAAGAUCUUUACAUGCAGUGAGUGUGGGAAAGGCUUUGGCAAACAAUCAAUCCUUAAUCGCCACUGGAGAAUUCAUACAGGAGAGAAACCCUAUGAAUGUCGUGAGUGUGGGAAGGCUUUUAGCCAUAGUUCAUCCCUUACUCGACAUCAGAUAAGCCAUAGUGGAGAGAAACCUUACAAAUGUAUUGAGUGUGGGAAGGCCUUCAGUCAUGUCUCUUCACUUACUAAUCAUCAAAGCACUCACACUGGAGAGAAACCAUAUGAAUGUAUGAACUGUGGAAGGUCUUUCAGUCGUGUUUCACAUCUCAUUGAACACCUGAGAAUUCAUACUCAAGAAAAACUUUAUGAGUGUCAAAUGUGUGCAAAGGCCUUCAUUCAUAGGUCGUCUCUUAUUCACCAUCAGAAAAUUCAUACUGGAGAGAAACCUUAUGAAUGUAGUGAAUGUGGGAAAGCUUUUUGCUGUAGUUCACACCUUACUCGACAUCAAAGAAUUCACACUGUAGAGAAACAAUAUGAAUGUGACAGAUGUCUGAAAGUCUUUAGUAGUCUCUCAUUUCUUACUCAACAUCAGAGUAUUCAUACUGAAGAAAAACCCUUUGAAUGUCAGAAAUGUAAGAAAUCCUUCAGCCAUCCUGAAUCACUGAAUAUGCAUUUGAGAAAUCACAUUAGGUUGAAACCUUAUGAAUGCAGUAUAUGUGGGAAAGCCUUCAGUCACAGGUCAUCCCUGCUUCAACAUCACAGAAUUCAUACUGGAGAGAAACCUUAUGAAUGUAUUAAAUGUGGGAAGACCUUCAGUUGUAGUUCAAACCUUACAGUACAUCAGAGAAUUCAUACUGGGGAAAAGCCAUAUAAGUGUAAUGAGUGUGGGAAAGCUUUUAGCAAAGGCUCAAAUCUUACUGCCCAUCAAAGAACACAUGUUGGAGAGAAAUUCAGUAGUGCAUUGAAUGUGGAAAAAUGUUUAUAUACAUGUCAGAAGUCAUAUGAGAGAGAAACUGUAUGAAAAAGUAUUUGUUAUAGUAAACUUUAGCCACAGAUCCUAAUUCAACAUCAGAAAUUUUUUAUUGAAGGAAAAUAUGGAAAGAUCUUCAGUGAUGAUAUAACCUUAUUAUCUGAGUUCAUACUGUAGAGAAACUAUAUGGAGACUGUGAAUGUGAGAAAACCUUUGUCAGCAUCAGUUCUGCAAUUCCUUAAUUAAACGCACAGUAGAAAAAAAACCUAUACAUAUAACAAAUAUGAGAAAUCUGAAUUUCUCAAAGACUUGUACAGGAGGCAAGUUGGAGUAACAUAGAAAAUUAAGUACAUGUGGGAAGUCCUCCAGUUGAAGUACAUCCCUUACACUGGAGAGAAAUCUGACAUAAAUGCAGCUGAGUGUUCACUUAAGGGUUAUCUUGCUAGACAUCAGUUAUAGAGCAACAUAAAGGAUACAGGAAUGAUGUGUAAAUCUUUGCAUUGAUAUUAUUUGCAAACAAAAUUCUGCAGGGGCAGAGACAAACAUAUUGAUGGUAGUAACUUGGAAUUUGAGUCCUACAUAGAAAUGAUUUUUACCUAAUGGGGAUGUCAAGAUACUUAGUCAUGCAGUGGGUACAAUAAACGUUACAUUGUUAAAAAUCAAAGCUGCAAAAGAAUUAUUAAAAUUUUUUGUCUCUAAUAAAAUCAUUUUAUAUAUAA